GUUCUGUGAGCUGAAAGUAUAAAGUUCGUAAUGAGGUUGUGGUGCCUAAUUAAUGCUAAUUAAUCUAUGUGUAAUCACUGUAAUCUGCACCAAAAGUGUCUUUUCUGUACCUCGCGGGCCUGCCUGCAAGUUGAAAGAGUCAUUGCUUGCUACAACAUUGUCAAAGUCAAAAAAGGAGGCUGAAACAGCAAUUCAGUUAUGGCUGAGAAGAGCAUCUGAUAGAAACACCUAUCAAAUGAAUAAAAAACUUUAAACUUACGCUAUACAUUGUAUUUUCCAUUCCAAAAUAUAUGGUCU